AUGACAACGCAAGAAUCUCGAGAAGACCCGGAGGACCGCGUCCUAUGUCGCCUCGCGAACAGCAUGCGGCUUCCACUCACUGUCUUGUCAUAUCUAUGGCCCGAGAUACACUCUCGUCACACCGUUGCUCAGAAAAUGAGCUGGGCAGCUGGACGAAGAACACGGGAGCCCGAAGAUAAGGCAUACUCGCUAUUGGGAAUCCUCGAUGCGAGUGUUCCGGUAUCAUACCCUGAUCAGAACGCCUUCAGAAAGCUGCAGCAGAACGUCGUCAGCAGGCAUCCAAAAGACCAGUCAGUAUUUGCCUGGGCUCUCGGCAGUUGGCAGCCUAGUACAAUCAAAGGAGGUUUGUGGGCAGAAUCGCCAGACGAAUUCGCCGGCUGUAAACGCGUCCUCCUCAAAGACGAAAAUCCAGCCGUUGACGGAUCGCUUAUGCAAUUAACUCCCCGACACUCGCUCUUCCUAUCAGCGCCCAUCGUGAUGUCGGAGUCAGACUCCCACCGUCACCCAUACAUGCUAAUCAACUGUGCGAUCGAAGCCCUUAAUGGCAAGCUUGUCUCUAUCGGUAUCCCGCUAUGUCAAAGCGGUGACAAAGAAUACUCCCGGCCGGGAGGAAUCGCUCCGAGACCUCUUCCCUCUUCUCCGCACCCUCAGUACACGCACAACAUCGAGAUCAUCCCUAGUGCGGGCCUUCAUGGGAAACGGCGAUUUUCACUGGCCUUUGAUCCAGAAUUGGGAGAUAUCCAGCAUUGGUUCACCGCCAUUGGCCGUAUCGCGAAUUACCGGCUAGUCCAUGACGAGGAGAAUGGUCAGAUUUGGCACUUUGAGUCCUAUCCGGGCUCGGAAGCACCCACGCAAGAAAUACUUCAUAUACAAAUUGGAAAGUCGAGUCUGACCAUGGACUUUUUGGCCAUCAAGCUCGAGUUGAGUUGGGGUUUACGCACCUGCCAGUGGGAUAUCACAGCCUGGCAGGCUGCUCUCACGAGAGGAAAUUUCCAGAACUACCGGAAGCUCUUCUUCUACUACGGUUCCGUACUUCGAGUGAGGCGACGGGAUGAUGGGGUGCUUUAUAUCGCAAAAGACUAA